GUCCUUUCAGUUCUAUCCACCAUGUCGACAUUAACAGUGCACACUGCAGCUCAGAAUAAUCAGCUCCAUGUUCUACGCACGCUUGUAGGCGAGAACCCCAACCUGGUCAACUCAAAGGAUGUCGUCAGUUCUUUCGAUGGGCACAGUCGAUCUUGUGUUGGACUUAUGGUCAAAAAGGAUGAACGGUCUCCGCUUCAUUGGGCUGCUGCUUCAGGAUCUACCGAGAUCGUUCGCUUCCUGCUCGAUAAAGAUGCUACAGUGGAUGUGGUCGAUAACAGCGAGUGGACACCGCUUCAUAUCGCUGUCAGUGCAGGGCACGAAGAUAUUGUUCAACUGCUUGUUGGUGCCGGUGCUGAUGUGAACAAGAAGACUAACAAGGGCAUGACUCCGCUACACUACGCUGCAUCGAAAUCUCGGCUGGAUAUUGCCAAGCUGUUGAUAGCAAGGGGGGCCGAUAUCAACGCGAAAGAUCGAGCCAACCAACAUCCACUGCACCGUGCUGCAACCAUAGGCUCUGCACCUUUCGUUAAGCUGCUAAUUGAGUCCGGCGCUCCUCCCAAUAAAACCCGAUUGAAUACGGGUGAUCGGAUGGGAAAUACACCACUGCAUCUCGCCAUGGACUCUGCACAUGCCGAAGCCGCUGUUGCGCUAAUUAGUGCUGGGGCAGACCGCGAUAGAGAAAAUGUAGACGGGGAAACUCCAGAAGGCAUGGAGGGUGUUGGCGGCUCAGAGCAGCGUAAGGCAAAAGCAUAUGUUAUCGAGAUGUUUGCUCGUGCUGGUACUAUGAGUACACUCAAGGAACGCAUUGCCGCUAUUCAGCAACGGGAGGAACGGGAGAAGGAGCGUUCGUCGGGCAGUGUGCCCACCAUGCCUGCAUCCGUCUCUGCGGGUGCCAUGCGCGCCAAGAUUGCUCAAUUCGAGAGCCAGGGCGCAGUGCCUGCGCCGCGAGGGUCUUUUGGGCUCGGCGCUCCGCCAGAGCGGGGGCCACGACAGCGCGCGGAGAUGUAUGGGAAUCGUAUGCAGCCUGCGCGGGUGCCCAGCGCCACUCUGGGACUCUCCCGGCCUCUAGAACCGUUUUCAGCGCCGGAUCCCCGGGCGCCUAUCCCGCCGUCUGUCGAUGACGGGGAGACACACGAUGGUUCUCACGUCCGCCGCCGCCUCGAUUCCACAACUGGUACCACAAAGUCCGCCGUGCCUAGUCGCGCGACAUCAUUCAGUGCCGCGCUCGACAUUGCGCGCAAGGCCGAAGCGGAAGGGAAAGCGAAACGGAGAAACAGCAUCCUCAUGCUGCAGCCACAGCACACAGGCGGGCUCACUCCACAGCAUACGGGCGGAGGGUUGACACCGCAGCACACAGGCGGCAGUAUGGUGGUGCCACAAUACACGGGAGGAUCUUUCGCAUUUACCUCGCCGCCUCUGUCGCCGAUGGUCCCCUUCUCGCCUCCCCGAUCUCCGAGGACCCCCGUUUCGCCGAUGCUCAAUCCAUCGGCAUUGCCGUCCCCGAGUCGGUCUUUGACUUCCCCGCUUACAGACAAGGCCGACGAGGAACCCCCAGAGAUUGAGGUUGAGACUGCACCGGUUGAAUACCAGGAGUUGGUGGUCCCAAACGACCCAAAGCCUGCGGUGCCUAUCAUUGAUGUGAAACAAACCACUGCCUCGACGACGGUAGCAGAUAACUUCCAGGUGCUUUCGACAGCACCUGACCCGGAUGGCCCGCCGGCCGAGGCCAUCUCUGCUUCCGACACCCCAGAUGAUGAAGCAAUUCCGCAACCGGAAACCAUUAUAUCCGCUCCCCCUGUCCCCGAUCUCUCAGGAACUUCUCCAGACUCGACGCAUGAGGGUUUCGAUAUGGAUGCACAUUUGCGGGACUAUGCGCUGCGGCAGUCUUCUCAAUCUAUCCCGCAGGACAUCAUCAUCAGCGAUGACGACUCGUUCACUGCUGGAGGGGAAGAGGAACUGGAGGUGGACGUGUAUGAUGAAUCUGCUCCGCUGGGCCCGCUUCCGAACAGACUGCAAACGCACAACUUUCGCAAGCACCUGUCGACUAUCACAGAGCGCAGCAUCGAGCCGAGCAGUCCAGGAUGGGAUUCGGGAUUCACUGUGGACAACCACGAGGAGAGCGGCCUCGGUGCCGGCGCUAGAGCCCUUGCCACCCACAGUUUUGGCGAAGAUGCGGAAGUUCUGGGCGUGGACCGGAGUGAUGCCCCCUCACCUUCGCCGUAUCGACUCAGUGGGCUGACUGAACGGACCUAUUCCCCGAGUCUACGGUCCGAAGACGAGCACAACUCCUUCGAUGAAACCGGGUCCUUGGAUGAGCAGGCAGCAACGACACCCACUGCAGAUUGCCAUACACCCACCGCACCGUCCGCAGAGCCUGAUCUCAGCAACUUGCCUCAUGACAGCUCGUUCCGAGACUCGCUUUUGACGAGCGAAUCCGGCUCGCAAGUCGUCGCAUUCAGUCGGUUGAGCAUGCUUACAACGGACAGUGCUAGCCCCAGCCAUGUAACACUGGCUCAUCGGAUCCCUGUUGCGGCUGAGGUAGAGCGUGGCGUCGAGGUUUUCGUGAGUGGCAAAGAAUCUCACCCACCCGCGGAAGAAGCACACAGGACGACAGCCCGUACUUCCUCGGAGGGACGGUCGGUCCCAGCCAACAGGGCUCGACCCCAGACGAUGUUUCUCCCAGACGACGACCAACCAGCAGAACCAUUUGGGUCCGUCACAUUGUCACGGUCGUUCACUGCAGUCGUGCAUGGGCGCGUGCGUGAAAAUCGCACGUGGGAGACAGCCAAAGCACCCAAGACACCGGAGAAGCGCCAUCCUCUGCCCGUGACUCCGCUGAGUCCCGGUUAUGCUAGUGGAGAGCUCGCUGAGCUGCUAGCGGAGGCAGCUGCCCUGGAACAGAGACUCGAGUUCGGAGAGCUGUUCGAAGAGCCCGCCAAGCGGAUAGCUCAUCCGCCGCCUCGCAGUGCAUCGCUUCGAGCAACGGUCCCCCAACAACCAACACCCCCUCCUCCUUCUGUUCUCAAACCCCAACGGUCCUUCCGCAGCGCUCUAAAACAGAAACCGAUCAUCCAAGUGGAAGAAUCUCCUCUGCCCCUUCCGCCCCCUUCCCCUGCUGUAUCAACCACCAGUUCCGAAGUGCCACCGACACCGCCGCCGAAGUCAGGUUCGCGCUAUUUUUCAAGUCUCCGCCGCCUGGCGAGCACAUCACGCACAUCACCUGCUCGAGCGAGCCUCUCUUUAUCUUCCGAACUGUCCAGCGAGGACUCGGUGGGUCUGCAGACACCUCCGGACGAUCACUUUGUCCAGUCAAGCAGCGCAUCGGUGUAUUCUGUCCAGAGUGGCAUCAACUGGCCAUCACGAGCGGGAUCUGUGUCUUCCAAAAAGAGCGUGGGGGGCAUCGCCUCACUGGCGGGCAAGAUGUUCAACCGCAGCCGGACCAAGUCCAAUAACAGCACCCUCAGUACAUAUGAAGCACCAUCCCCGCCUCCAGCUUUGCCUCCUAUGCUUCCGAAUCUCGAUCUUGAUGAGGCCACUCGACCAGCACAUCUGGUCAUCGAUUCAGACCGAGCGCUUCCGCAUCGACCCACUUCGUGGUUAUCCGUCUCGUCGAUGGGCUCCUCCUCCGUUGCAACCUCUCCACUGUUUGACCAGACGCUGUUUGACGCCUUUCCCUCCGUGCCUGAGAUGACGCCUUCGCCGCAGACUGCCAGCACCCUUCGCCCUCUUCCCUUUAGCCAAUCAAACGCAUAAAUAUUAUUCACCAUAUAGUAGUCUCACUCGUAGUCUCACUAGUCUCGCUCCCUUGAUCUCCGUUCAAU